ACAUGUUCGAGUGUGUGUGUGUGUGUGUGUGUGUGUGUGUGUGUGAGAGAGACCUUCAUGAGCGCUGCUGCGAUCCUCAGGGUGCUGGUGUUUGUUUUGGGGACUAAAGAGAGGAAAGGUGAAGAAUUGUGGAGGCGAGCUCUUGGAGAACAUGUGGUUUUAGACAGAGAUCGUGACAUUCCUGGACAUGGAUUUUCCAUGAACUUGAUGAAGAGGAGAAAUGUUUAAGGGUCUGCUGAGAGAUGAUGUGAACGAGCUGAACUGAAGGGAAAUCAAACACAGAUCCACAGCAGGAUGUUCCAGUGGAAGAAAAAGAAGAAGAAGAGGAGGCUGGAGAUCUCCGCACCGAGGAACUUCGAGCACAGGGUGCACACGUCCUUCGACCCGGUGCAGGGCUGUUUCGUGGGUCUGCCGCCUCAAUGGCAAAGCCUCAUAGACACGCUCCGGAGACCCAAACCUGUGGUGGACCCCUGCAGAAUCACACAGGUGCAGCUCAAACCACAAAAGAGGAUCGUUCGCGGCAGUUUCAUCGGACAUGAGGACUACAUUUCUGCGGCGAUCGCUCAGAUGAAUCGUCUCACUGUUACAAGCUCAAACUCGUUGAGGAGAACAGGCCCGUCUUUAAGGAAAAGAGCCCAGUCUCUGGGCCGUCUGGGUGAGGUAGCCGAAGGAGAGACUUAUGAAUAUCAGGAGCUCAAUGAGGCCAGUCGGAGGAACGGACAGCCGGUGUCAGACUGGAGCUCCAGGUCCAGACCGGUCCACAGCGAGAGCGGAAGCCCUCGGCCCGAAUCCAAGAACAGCUACACCAUGAACUCCACCGAGUCACGACCCAGAGCCAAGUCCAUGUUCCUGGGACAGCCCAUGCUGAUGCCCCGGGACAUUCUGCUCACACCUAAAACUGCUCGUGUAGGGCCUGCUACUGAUAAAAGAGAUGUAAAACCCAACCAGAGGCCUGUAUCGUGUCUCUACAGCAACUACAGCCAAAACAAUGGAGUGAGACUGAACUCAGAUCAGCCCACGAUAGACACGCAGAGGAGGCCUCAGUCCACAUACAACUUCAAGGUGAAUUCACCGCGUUUCCCAGCCGUUUCUAAACCUAACGGCACUAGCAGUCCUAAACCGGGCCAUGGAGUACUCAGCCAUCCAAACACACGGCGUUCCUCCAGCGACCUGGUUUCUCCCAAUCAAACUCCAGCCUCGGUCGCUCUGACGCAGGACAGCCCGUCUCAGCCCAGACCCGCUCCGACCGGCUCGCCCGCAUCCCCCAGCGGAGCCUCGUCGCCCAGCCUCAGAGCGGCUCAGACGUCCGGCGGUGGCCUGGAGUCACCCGGAGUCACCCACCAGCAGUUCAGAGCCGCGCUGCAGAUGGUGGUGGACACCGGCGACCCUCGCUUGUAUCUGGAGAACUUCGUGAAGAUCGGCGAGGGCUCCACGGGCGUGGUGUGCAUCGCCCGAGAGAAGCACAGCGGGCGGCAGGUCGCCGUCAAGAUGAUGGACGUCCGGAAGCAGCAGAGGAGAGAACUGCUCUUCAAUGAAGUGGUUAUCAUGCGAGAUUACAGGCAUAAAAACGUGGUGGAGAUGUUCAAGAGUGCUCUGGUGGGUGAAGAGCUGUGGGUCAUCAUGGAGUACCUGCAGGGCGGCGCUCUCACCAACAUCGUCUCAGAAACCAGGCUAACGGAGGAGCAGAUUGCUACAGUGUGUGAAGCUGUUCUUCAGGCUCUCUGUUAUCUUCACGCUCAGGGCGUCAUUCACAGAGACAUCAAGAGCGACUCGAUCUUACUGACGCUGGACGGCCGGGUCAAACUGUCCGACUUUGGAUUCUGCGCUCAGAUCAGCAAAGACAUCCCGAAGAGGAAGUCGUUAGUCGGGACUCCGUACUGGAUGGCGCCCGAAGUGGUGUCAAAGACGCCCUACAGCACCGAGGUGGACAUGUGGUCUCUGGGGAUCAUGGUGGUGGAGAUGAUCGAUGGAGAACCUCCGUAUUUCAGCGAGACGCCGAUAGCAGCGAUGAAGAGACUGAGGGACGAGCCGGCGCCGACCGCCAGAAACAUCAACAGGAUCUCUCCCGUCCUGAGGGACUUUCUGGACUCGAUGUUGACGCGUGAUCCUCUGAAGCGAGCGAGCGCCGGAGAUCUGCUCCAGCAUCCCUUCAUGCUGCAGGCCACUUCUCCUCGCUGUCUGGUGCCUCUAGUGGAGCAGUACCGCAAACGCAUGUCGCGAUGCUGACCUUUAGCACUUUAGAGACUGUGAACCUUCCCGAUCCAGAGCUGGAGAACCUCAUAGAGAUGGACAGGAGCGAUUCCUUCCAGAACAAUCAUUCUGUCAACCUUUAUUCCUCGUAUUCUAAUGCAUUUGCACACAACCUUUGACAUUAUGUGCUGUGUGUAAUAAAGACUGCUGAUGGGUUAAUUAAAUCCAUAUGAUGAUCGUUCACAAUAUAUGGAAGCCUGUUUCUGCUUCAGCACAAGGAAUUAAAAGGUAAUUGUGACAUUAAUUCUUGCGAUUCUGAAAAAAAAAACGGAAUUGAGAUGUUAACUUACAAUUGCGAGAAAAAAAAGGUACUUCUAAGAAGAAAAGUAACAAUUGCGAGAUAUUAACUUAAAAUUUAUAUUUUUUUUAUUUUUUCACCUUUUUUAUUUUAUUAGUAAAUUAUAAUAAUAUUUGUAAGAUAUAAUCAGAAUUGCGAUAUAUGAACUAAGAAUUGUAAUAAAAAAUUUUAUUGCAAAGAAAAGGGAAUUGCAACAUAUAAAGUAAAAAAAAAAGGAUGCGAGGAAAAAACUUGAAUUGUGGGAUAUCAAUUCAGAAUUUAAAAAAUAAAAAUUUAAUUGCGAGAUAUAAACAAAAGAUUGCAAGAAAAUAUAGAAUUGUGAGCUAUAAAGUCCAAAUUGCGAGAAAAUUUUAAUUGCAAGUCAGAAUUGUGAGAUUACAGUCACAAUGACCUUUUUUAUUUUUUUUAUCUCAUGGCAGAAUCAGACAUAACAGUGAGAUCAGAAACAUUAAUUAUUAAUCAUGUUGACUUUAAAAAGUAACUUUUUUAUGUUAUAAUGAAUGUCAAUGAAACUGAACUUGAGUAAUCCAGCAGUGUCUGUAUUUUGUAUUCCAAGAUGUUAAAUGAUUUUUAUUAUUCACUACUGUUUUUGCAAAUGUUAUAAAUUGCAUGUUAGGUCUGUUCCUUUAUUUUUAAGCAUUAAAUUUACAAACUGUG